UUCAUUUCCACCAUUCACAAAAAAACAUUCCCACUCUUUCUCCUUCAAAAAUCCCCCCAAACAAAAAACUCUCAAAUCUUCAUCAAUGGAGUCCGGUAAAACCACCUCCAAAGGCGCCGCCGGCCGCCGUGGCGGCGACCGUAAAAAAUCCGUCACUCGUUCCGUCAAAGCCGGCCUCCAAUUUCCCGUUGGCCGUAUCGGCCGCUUCCUCAAAAAAGGCCGUUACGCUCAACGUGUUGGCUCCGGUGCUCCAGUCUACCUCGCUGCUGUCCUCGAAUACCUCGCUGCCGAGGUGUUGGAGUUGGCUGGUAACGCGGCACGUGACAACAAGAAGAGUAGGAUUAUACCAAGGCACGUGCUGUUAGCAAUUAGAAAUGAUGAUGAACUUGGAAAGCUUCUUCAUGGUGUUACAAUUGCACAUGGUGGAGUAUUGCCGAAUAUUAACCCUAUUCUUUUACCUAAGAGGACUGAAUCUUCUAAGAAGGAAAAUACUCCUGUUUCUCCAUCAAAGGCUACUAAAUCUCCUAAGAAGGCUUAGUUUUUAAUCUAUAAUCUUACUUUAUGGAUGUAAAUUUUGGGUUUUAAGUAAUAUUAGGGUUAGGUUUUUUUUUGGGUUUGUAGAUCGGAAACUAUGAUGGGUAGUAAUGUUAGUUUUUGGAUUAUUAUGGUUUAAUCUUGUGUUAUUUCAAUGAUAUAUGAAAUGGAAAUGAAGUUCCUUCUUUUGCA